GUACAUUAUUUGCAAAAUGAAUAGUUCUCAUAAUCCAAGAAAAUUUUUCUCAAAAGAUAUAAAAUCUAGAAAGGCAACAAUUCCUUGCGCAUUUUUAUGGUGAUUAGCAAUCAUGUCUUUCUAAGAAGUUGAUCGCCAUGGGUUCUAUUUCUGAAAUUGGUGCAGCGAUUAUCGAGGCUGCUGCUAGUGGAGACCUUAACCAACUCAGGGCAAUUAGGAACAAGGCUGAUGAUAUCAGUGAGUACCAGAAAAUAUGUGAUGAAUAUAGUGACUUCACAACUGGCCGGAAUGUCUUGCAUCACGCGGUUGAAAUUGGACAUUUUGAGAUUUGCAAAUUCUUGAUAAAGACUGUCAAAGUUUAUAUUGAUGCCUUGACUUACAAGGGGGCUAGUCCUCUGUCAGAAGCUGUCAAAGGGGAACAUGUCAAAAUUGUGAAGUUUCUCAUCAAUCAGGGUGCUGACAUUAGUCUUUCAGAUGUUGAGGGAUUCACUCCGUUGCACUAUGCAGUUCUAAAAGAUAAUAUGGAGGUUAUGAAAUUGUUAAAAGGUGCUUGGGUAGAAGCAGUUUCUGCAGGUGGAACACCUUUACAAAUUGCUGUUUCUCGUGGAAAUGUUCAGGCUGUCAAGUGUCUCUUGUCUCAUGGCGCAGAUCCAAGUGGUUAUUGUGCAGCUGUGGACACCCCUCUUACAUGUGCAGUCAAGUCUCGCUCAUUUGAAUGCCUGAAAUUGUUGCUUGCGGCUAAAGCAAACCCAAAUUCGUAUUUCAGUUUAAGUCCUUUGGCAUCUGCUGCAAAAGAAGGCGACACAAAAUAUCUUGAAUGUUUGCUUAAAGCUAAAGCAGAUCCGAAUUCAAUUCCAAGAGAUUUCUAUAAACCUAUUGAGGAUGCUGCCAUGGUGCAUAAUCGUACAGCUGUGGAAAUUUUAUUUCCAGUGACUAAACGGCUUGAAAUUUAUCCAAAUUGGACUGUUAAUGGCAUAAUCGAGUCCUUUCAUUCUGAAGAAUUUAAAACAUUGAGAGAGCAGAAAAGGACAACGUACUUGACUGAACUAGAAGCUCAGGGGAUGCAGGACACGAGCUAUAAGCAAUACCGCCAUGCAUCCCUAGUAUAUAGAAUGGCUAGCCUUCUUGAUCCAGCUAACCCCACAUGGAUAUCAAAGCGAAGCCUACUGCUAGCACGCGCAGAUGAAAGCAUAUUUGCUCUGUUAGAUGCUCAGGAAUACAUUAGACUCAAGCCAGACUUCCCCGUCUCUCACCCUCAGCACACAGGGGACAUAGCUGCUGCAGCUAAUCAGAUAUUCAAGAAAUUCCUCAUGGCGGGCCUUGCAUUCUCACUGGAUCCCUACAACGAGGCAAUGUUUCCUGAAUUUAGAGUUGCUAUGUUUGAUUACUUUGCUUCGUUUAGUCAGAUGAGCAGCCCGGACGUGAUUUUGAGUUUUAGCUGAUGAUUAACAUUGGAUCAUAAUUCUAUAGUCACGCUCAUAUACAGUGAUUCAUAUUCUCCAUUGCAAAUAUGUGUUUCCAACUGAUUCAAUUGUGUUGCAUCUUUUUUUCUUUAUUCUAACUGAAAGUUUAUCAAAGCAUACAUAUGUAUACAGGCAUUGGAAUCUUGGAUGUUCUGACUAAGGAA